AUGGCUUCAACGGACGAAGACCCCGCCCAGUCGCUGGUAACAGAAUUGGUGAAGGCCCUGCAGUCCCAAAGGUCGGCAGAACAGGUAGACUUGCCCUAUUUUAGACCCGAAAUAAAUGAAUCCAGUAAAUGGCAACAUCCAACAACCAUAGCCUUUUACAGGAUGGAUAAACAUGAAAAUAUAAACAAAUGCAUGUAG